UUGUGGAUUUUACAACAGCAAUAUUUAUCGAGUCACAAAGCGUUGGAUUUUUUUUAGAAAAAUGAAAAGUUGAGUUUUCAAUAAAAAUGCCAGCAAUCGAAGUCACAACACCUAUUCCUGUGGACGGAGACAGAAAUGCAGAUGAAAACUACAAGACACCAGUGAUUGGUAUAAUCUAUCCCCCGCCAGAAGUUAGGAAUAUCGUUGAUAAGACUGCAAGUUUCGUUGCAAGAAAUGGACCGGAGUUUGAGUCGCGUAUUCGACAGAACGAGCAGAACAACUCCAAGUUCAACUUCUUGAACUCAGCUGAUCCCUAUCAUGCCUACUACCAGCACAAGGUCAAGGAGUUCAGAGAGGGGAGAGGGCAAGAGCCCCAAGUGCCCAAGGGUCAUGCCUUGGGCCUGAGCACCAGCAAGCCCCAGGAUGUGGCCAAGAUCAUACAGGAGCCUGUUAUACCCACGGAGCCUCCUCCAGAGUUUGAGUUCAUCGCAGACCCGCCCUCCAUUUCUGCGUUUGACCUGGAUGUUGUGAAGCUCACAGCACAGUUUGUGGCCAGAAAUGGCCGCCAGUUCCUGACCAAUCUGAUGAACAGAGAGCAGCGCAACUUCCAGUUUGACUUCCUGCGGCCCCAGCACAGCCUCUUCAACUACUUCACCAAGCUGGUGGAGCAGUACACAAAGAUUCUGAUCCCACCAAAGGACCUUCAGGAGAAGUUGAAGCGUGAAUGUGAGGAGUACCAGACUGUGCUGGAGCAGGUGAAGUACCGCGUAGACUGGGCGCGCUACCAGGAGAUGCAGCGACGCAAGGAGGAGGAGGCACUGGAGAGGGAGAGAGUUGCAUACACCCAGAUAGACUGGCAUGACUUUGUGGUUGUGGAAACUGUGGAUUUCCAGCCAAAUGAACAGGGCAAUCUUCCACCACCGACAACACCCGAGGAGGUUGGUGCCAGAAUCCUGGCGCAAGAGAGGCACGGAAAACGCAAGGGAGACGAUGAGAUGGAGGUGGAGUCCGGAGAGUCGGAGAGUGAGGAUGAAUCUGAUGAUGAGGAUGAAGAGGAGGAGGUACAGAGGAUCGUGCCCAGACCUCCCCCGCCACCACAGGAAGAGGAGGAGGAAGAUUCUACAGAUGAGGAUGAGGAGGAUCAGGACAAGGAUCGCCAGGAGUUACGUCCCCCUGUCCGCGCCCCACCCCCCUCCAUGCCCCCUCCCCCACCUCCCAAGGAGAUGCCCAACCCCCCGCCCCUGCCACCCACCCCAGACCAGGUCAUCAUCAAGAAAGGAUACGAUCCUAAAGCUCGAGCAGUACAGCAGGAGCCCAGUGACGAGCAGUUCCUGGUGUCUCCCAUCACAGGAGAGAAGAUCCCCGUAGACAAGGUGCAGCAGCAUAUGAAGAUAGGCUUACUGGAUCCUAAGUGGAUUGAGGAGCGUAACCGCCAGAUCCAGGAGCGCGCGGAGCAGGAGGAGGUGUACGCCGCUGGUUCCUCCAUCGAGAGCAGUCUGAAGCACCUUGCUGAGAGACGUACUGACAUCUUCGGAGCCGGCACAGAGGAGGCAGGCAUUGGUAAAAAGAUCGGAGAGGAGGAAGACGAUGGCAAGAAGGACAAGAAGGUGGUGUGGGACGGACACUCUGCCUCCAUGGAGAAGGUGGCUCAGAAGGCCAGAGAGAACUUCUCUAUCGACGAGCAGAUAGCCAACAUUCACAAGGUCAAGGGUCUUGUUCCUGAUGCUGACAAGGAGAAGAUUGGCCCAUCAAUCACGCCACGUGCCCCCAUGGCUGCAGCACCUCCCCCUCCCCCGAUGAUGAACAAGGCGGCCCCUCCCAAGCAACCCCCACCCCCUGCGGGCGCCCCACCCCCUGUGCCCACCAUGCCCCAGGCUCUCAAGCGACCUGUGGUUGCCAUGGGCAACCCAGCACCACCACCGCCCAUGCCUCAGCCAGUGAUGAUGAUGCCUCCAAGGCCACCGCCCAUGCAGGUGCUUGGUAUGCCCCCAGGCCCCCCAGGCGUGAUGAUGGCACAGCCGAUGCGACCACCGGGGUUCCCUGCCAUGCCCAUGAUGCAUCCCACUCCCAUCCCCCCUCCGCCCCAGCCCAGCGCGCAGGCUGAUGAUGAGCCGCCCAACAAGAAACAGAAGACUGAGGAUCAGCUGGUACCAGAGGACGAGUGGCUGAAGCAGCAUGCUGGAAGUGUGAAGUUCAGAGUCGCAGUGCCUAACAUGCCUGACAAGACGGACAUGAACCUCUCAGGACAGACCCUCACCUUCUCUCUGCCCCUCACGGAUAAUGUGUCUGUGUUGAAGGCCAAGAUCAACGAGGCUGUACGAGUACCUGGAGGCAAGCAGAAACUGCUGUAUGAUGGUCUGUUCAUCAAAGACUCCAACACGCUGGCCUUCUACAACUUCAGCAACGGAGGCACCGUUCAUCUCCAACUCAAGGAAAGAGGAGGCAGGAAGAAAUAGGGAGCGAGGAAGAAGGAGGAAGGAUGGAAGAAGGGGAAAUUCCACAGCUGGUGGGGCCUGUUGGGCAGUUGCAACUUUUGCUGUCCCUCAUGCAGAUUAUUUUUUGUGUUUAACUGUUGGUUUAAGAAGAAGGCGAACCAUUGCUAAAGUGGCUCACAUGACAGUUGCAGUUAUUGCUGCUUAUCAAUUUGUGAACUUUUUGUGUUUUCUUGCUAUUAUAAGAGGUAGUUAUGGUAUUGAUGUUUAUGUUGUCCUUACUGGACUGGAAUUAAUCAACUUUUCAUAUAUUUAAAAAUUGUAUAUGUAUAGUUUGCUCACUUUUUAUGCCCCCAGAUCGAAUGAUCAGGGGGUAUAUUAUUUUUGGCCUGUCUGUCUGUCUGUCAUUGUAUGUGUGUGUCUGUCCCAAAACUUUAAUCUUGCUUAUUAAAUUAAAACUCUUGGGCCUAUGUUCUUUAAACUUUACAUGUGCAUGCAUCUCAUUGAGAUCUACAAUCAAACAUGGUUUGAGGUCACUAGGUCAAAGGUCACUGUGACCUUUACAUUCAAAAUAUAACCUUAUUUCAAAAAAAGCUGCUGUGCGGCUGCAAAACGUAGUAGGGGGCAUUGUGUUUCACAAACACAGCUCUUGUUUAAAAUAAAAAUAAUGUAUAAUCAUCGUGUGCUGACAUCAUACAAGUAGUGUAAUAUAUGUAUUAUAUAUGAUGUGUAAAAUGUCAUGUAAUUUUUGCCAUGAGUUUGCUGGAUGCAGUUUCUAUUUUAAAGGAAUACAUUUGUGCUUACAAAAAUACAGCAAAAUAUAACUGUAUAAGAUCAAGUCUGUGUGAAUGUAAUUUAUUCGUCAUUGUGUUCAAAUAUAUACUGGAACAUUACUAUUAACAUCAGAAUGUUUGAGAAGUCAAGCAGGUGUCCUGCGUAUUGAGUCCGCCCCUUAUAUAUAAGAUACGCUACCUUCAAGCUUUCUCAGAAUCAAUCAAGGAUGCCCGGUAUGAAAAUAAUCAUGUGAAAACCACUUUGUAUAUUAAUGAUGAUUUCAUGUGUCAUUCCUGUUAUUUGUAUUUUUCUGGUUCUGUUUUCUCAUGUUCUCCUAAGCGACAGACUUAUGUUGUGCCUUUUGUCAGUGAAAGGCUUUUGAUGAAAUUCAUACUUAUGUGUACAGUUAUAUUUGAAAAUAGUAGAACACAUUUUUUUGGAAAUUAUUUAAUUGAUUUAUUCUUGCUUUUAAGUAGCGUUAUUAAUUGGUUUGGUAACACAUGUACCAUAUUACACCAUGAUGGAUAAACCUUUUAUGCUUUAUUCCAGAUGUUCGAAAUUGGGUAGUGGCUAUUGUCCAGAAUAGAUAAUAAAAAUGUUUAGGUUUCAUAAUAAAGUUGUUGUCAUUUA